GUCGGAUUCUCCCUGUACAUCAGCGACAUUGGGAGCAUCAGCCUGAUCGGUAUAGCAGGGGCGGCAGCAGCUGAUGGAAUAGCCGUGAUAUGUUAUGAGUUCACGGGUAUUUUCUGUGUUCUUCUUCUUGGAUUUGUGUUUGCUCCUGUUUAUAUAUCAGCGUCGGUAUAUACAAUGCCAGAGUACUUGCGGAAGCGGUUUGGCAGCCGUCGUCUCCAGAUCUACCUGGCUGUCCAGAACCUCCUGUUACUGGUAUUCACCAAGUUGUCUGCCGGGGUGUUCGUGGGGGUGUUAAUAGUGCAGCAGGUGCUCGGGUGGGACGUUUACCUGUCCUUACUAGUACUGCUUACUGGAACUGCACUGUACACACUGUUAGGAGGACUAACAGCUAUUAUAUAUACAGAUGCUCUUCAAACAGUAAUCCUAUUGGUGGGCUCCACAGUUUUGGCCGUUAUAGGUAUAGUGUACAUACAUUGA